AACAUGGAGGGCAUUCGAGGCACUGUACAGUCCAAUACAUCUGAAGCUCUCAAAGCGCAUUGAGUUGAUACCAAUUUUUUCCCAUGAAAUUUGGUGGAGUGGUGGUUGAGUUGGGCAGAGUGCGUAGUGAAGUCCCGCGCCAACGAACGUUCCAGGGCAAGAGUGUACGACCUGGGGAGCAUUCCUUCUCACAUCAGUGAGGUUGUACCACACCCGCAACACGGGAUGAGCUCGUGAGUGGUCGUCCUUGGGCCGUCCGGCUAUACGUUUAUCACACAUGGUAACCGGUGGUGUAACGUGGUCCUGACUGUGGACUUUGUGUAAGACUAGGCUGAGAAGGGAAUUCAGUCCGCUUGGCUGGUCCUUGACCUUGAGCUUCAAUGUUCUUGGCCGGCCUGCUCCUUCUGGCCGCUAUUCUUGGGAUCCUUGGCCUUAUUCCCGAGUCUCACUCGUUCAAGUCGUCUUUGCCUGCCAGCGACUGCCUUGUCCUCCGUCUCGGCGUGUCGUCGAUCUUCACCGGCUUCAGCUACCGGGUCGCCAAUCUGUGGAGCCUUUCCCCAACCUUUCAAGGGUUAAUAUGCGGGGGAAUGGGGGAACUGGGGGGAGGGUGGUAUUUUCUUUGUGGGGAGGUGGAGAGGGAGUGAGCCAUGUGUGGUACUCCACAGUUCACAGUCUCUUUCGGCUUUCGAGCUUUUGUUGAACCGAAGGUCGACUGGACAGACAGACGCCGGUCUUUGUCUUUUCCAAUCCUUCAGAUAUGUCUGUCUGGUUCUGGAGAUAUCCCCGUGGAGGAGGCGAGCUUCGGUCACCUUAUCAGCUUGUGUCCCUUUUCGUACAUGUCUGCAUGCAUUGGACGAAUAUCUGGGUCCCCGGUUUUGUUUUUUUUGGCCUGAUUACCUUUCUGGAUUGGAGAGUUCUUGUGGAUGUGGUGAGAAAAAGAGU